AUGGCGGCGGCCGAAGCACCACUUAAUUACGAGGCGUCGGCGGGCACGACGCAUCUCCAAGUCUCCAAUACCCUGCCCCCAGAAGUGGUGCAGUGUUUACAGAACGCACGAUUUCUACAUCUUGCGACAUGCACGAACCUGUACCCACACGUCUCGCUCAUGAAUUAUACGUACCUCCCGUCGUCGCCCUACUCCUCCUCCCCAGCCAUAAUCAUGACCACCAACCCCUCCUCGAAGAAGACGCUCAACCUGGUCUCCAACCCGCACGUCUCCCUCCUCGUCCACGACUGGGUCUCGCACCGACCACCGACCACCAACCGCCGCGGCUCCUCGAGCGGCCGGACCGGCUCGCCGCCUCCAGAAGCCUCGCGCUCGUCGCUCGCCACGCUGCUGCUGAACCUGAAUACGAGCGCACUGAGCAGCAUAUCUGCGACGAUCAACGGGGACGCACGGUUAGUGGAGGCGGGCACAGAAGAGGAGCAGUAUUAUAAGGAGAUGCAUCUGGAUAAUAAUACGUUUGUCGAGGGAGAGGGGGAGAGGCGCCGGGCGUGGGAUGAGAGGGGGGAGGAGCCAGAUGGUGGGAGAGGAAUCUUCAUCGAGGGCGAGGAGGUUAGGGUUGUGGUGGUAAAGAUCAAAGAUGGCAGGGUGGCGGAUUGGAAGGGUGGCGUGAGGGAUUGGAGUCUGGUUGGGGAGGGAGUGGAUAGAGGUGGUGCUGAGAAUGGAGAGCCGUUAGUUAAUGGUGUGGGCGGGGCAUGA